UUGUAAAGGAAAGAAGGAGGAUAUUUCAGGCAGGGAAAAGUUUGUUCAAAGGCCCAGGAGAACAAAAAUGUGGUAUAUUUAGAGUUAUUUUAUUGGACUGAGAAUUUACAAAGGGGAAUAAAGUAGAAACUGCUAGAGAGUAGGGAUUAAAUUUUGUUUCUUGGUAUCCUCAAUUUGUAGCACAGUAUUUGAUACAUUGGUGCUCAAAAAUGUUUGUCAAAUUAACAAAACUAUGUAUGGUUAUAACUUAAAAAAGGCAUACCUUCACAGGGCUUUAUUUAUACUAGAUCUUGAGAAAAUGCUUUGUAAAUUAAAUGAAUACAAAAGAAAAGGAAGAAUGAAAUGCUAGAAAGGCAGAGAGACAAAGGAUUAAAGGUAGGUUGUGGCCAGAUUGUAGAGUCCCUUGUUGACAGAUUACAUUUGGACUUUAUUCUGUAAGGAAAGAGGAGAUCUGAAUCUUUCAGAGGAGAGGAGUGGCUUAAUGAAAUCCAUUCCUGGAUCAACUGCUUAAUUAUAGUGCAAGGACAGAUUUGAAAAGGAGAGUUAGGGAGGGAGACCAGUAUUUCAAACAGCUGCUUAGUAUAGAUAGGUUGUUGGGAUACUUGUCUUGGAAUUGAGCGAAAGAGAGAUUGCCUGUGUUUUGAAGCCUUGCCUCUGUCCCCUCCCCCCAACUUUCCCUCCUGUUCUGUCAGUGAGCCAGGGACAGUCCCGGAAGCGUAUUUUGCCACACUGCUAAUGAGAAAGGAUUUGGAAACCACAGGAUCUGCUGCUACUUAACAAUAUAAAAAUAUUUUUUCAACUCUCCGUUUCGUCAGCAAUCUUCCAUUGCAGUGGGUUUCAGAUCUGUGAUAGUACAUUGGAACCCAGUUUUGAAGAAGUACAUGGACAACAGUCAUCAGACAAAAGCUGUUUCCUGUAAGCAGGAGGGUCUUCCCUGUAUUGCGCCCCUAAUAGCCACAGUGGAGGAGACUCCACAGACCAUCUCUGCCCAAGUCCGAGGACAUUUCCCCAAGUGGCUCAAUGGCUCUCUACUUCGAAUUGGACCUGGGAAGUUUGAGUUUGGGAAGGACAAGUACAAUCACUGGUUUGAUGGGAUGGCGUUGCUUCACCAGUUUAGGAUGGAGAAGGGCACCGUCACAUAUAGGAGCAAGUUUCUACAGAGUGAUACAUACAAGGCCAACAGUGCUCAGAAUCGAAUUGUGAUCUCAGAAUUUGGCACACUGGCUCUCCCUGAUCCAUGCAGGAAUGUUUUUGAACGUUUCAUGUCCAAGUUUGAGCUACCUGCAAUAACUGACAACACCAGUGUCAACUAUGUGCGGUACAAGGGUGAUUACUACCUGAGCACUGAGACCAACUUUAUGAAUAAAGUGGACAUUGAAACCCUGGAAAAAACAGAAAAGGUAGACUGGAGCAAAUUCAUUGCUGUGAAUGGAGCAACUGCACAUCCUCAUUAUGACCCAGACGGAACUGCAUACAACAUGGGGAACUCCUAUGGGCCACAUGGUUCUUGCUAUAAUAUUAUUCGGAUUCCUCCAGAAAAGGGGGAUCUUGGAGAUACAAUCCAUGGAGCCCAAGUGAUAUGCUCGAUUGCUUCUGCACAGAGUUUUAAACCUUCUUAUUACCAUAGUUUCGGAAUGACGAAGAACUACAUAAUCUUCAUUGAACAGCCUCUAAAAAUGAAUCUGUGGAAAAUAGUCACUUCUAAAAUUCGGGGAAAGGCCUUCUCAGAUGGAAUAAGCUGGGAGCCCCAGUAUAACACACGGUUUCAUGUGGUGAAUAAACACACUGGACAGCUUCUUCCAGGGAUGUACUACAGUAAGCCUUUUGUUACUUUUCAUCAAAUCAAUGCUUUUGAGGACCAGGACUGUGUUGUAAUUGAUUUGUGCUGUCAAGAUAAUGGAAGAAACCUAGAAGUUUACCAACUACAGAAUCUUAGGAAAGCUGGGGAAGGGCUUGAUCAGGUCUACAAUUCAGUAGCCACAUCUUUCCCUCGAAGGUUUGUUUUGCCCUUACGUGUCAGUUUGAACGCCCCUGAGGGAGAGAACCUCAGCCCGUUGUCCUACUCCUCGGCCAGUGCUGUGAAACAGGCUGAUGGCAAGAUUUGGUGCUCUCAUGAAAAUCUACACCCUGAGAACUUAGAACAGGAAGGAGGUGUUGAAUUUCCCCAGAUCAACUAUGGCCAAUUCUGUGGCAAAAAAUAUCGUUUCUUCUAUGGCUGUGGCUUUCGGCAUUUGGUAGGGGAUUCUCUGAUCAAGGUUGAUGUGGUGAACAAGACACUAAAGGUUUGGAGAGAAGAUGACUUUUAUCCUUCAGAACCUGUUUUUGUUCCAGUACCAGAGACCAGUGAAGAAGAUGGUGGGGUUAUUCUUUCUGUAGUGAUCACCCCCAACCAGAAUAAAAGCAACUUUCUCCUAGUCUUGGAUGCCAAGAACUUUGAAGAACUGGGCCGAGCAGAGGUGCCUGUGCAAAUGCCUUAUGGGUUUCAUGGCACCUUCAUAGCCACCUGAUGGAAGAACCACGAGGUCUGGGGACCAGGUUUAAAAUGAAUGUGCUCUGUACAAAAGAGAGAACGAAAAGGGCACCUUACUUUCCAAACCAUAGACAUCUGGUUUCUAAAUUUCUAUUAAAAAAAAAGCAUUUAAGAAAUAAUUAUGGUUUUAUAUUUUCUUAGGACUCUUCCUUGAAAACACUGAGCAAGUGUUGAUAACACUUUUUAAAGAGAGUUUUACAUUUGUAUUUACUUGAUAUACCUUCCUCUCGGCAAUGAAAAUGCAUGAAAGGAAAACUAGAAGUGGGUCAUUACCACCACCAGAUAGGUAGGUGACAGAGACCCUCACACUUGGCAGAAGAAAUCUGAAUACUCAUAGGUAGUGGAAUAUGAAUAUAGAUCUGAAAAGCACCGGGUUUUUCUAUCACGGCCUGCCUGUUACCACUGGCCCCAGGUGCUCAAGCAGACAGGAAGCCAGCGGUGUCACCCUGAUGGCUUCCUUUAGACUGGCUGCUUCUCUGCAGUCCACAGCAGAUGCCACUGCAGAUGGACCACCCAUGACCACCUCCCACCCUGCCCCUAGUUCGGCCUUGGCAGGGUGUUGUUUUGAAGUGUUACCGGAUUCCAGGGCAGGAGGAAUGGGGGAAGCUGAGAGAGGAAAAUUAGGACAAGGCCAAACAUUGUGAGUAAUUUGCAACUGGCCUGCAAACAACAAACUGGUAUCUUCCCCAGGACACUCUGGGAGCAAAUAGUUAAAGACCUCCCUGCUGAGAGAGUGCAGAAAGGGAGGGGGAAAGGGAAAGGGAAAAUGGCACUUUUACUCCCCGAAGCAAAGCCAGCAGUCUCAGGGCUCAGCAAGAGAGACUUGCCAGGAUCCUGGGAAGACCACAACAGGAAAACCUUGAGACUUAACCUAUACCAAGAUACUCAGCAAAAGAAUCAUCUUCUGAAACCUACAGACAGGAGGAGGGUCUAUUACUCCUCGAACUUGCUCCAGGCACUCGCUUUUCCGGAUUAGCCGGGAAAGCCCAUCUGUGCUCCAAGCCGGAUGGGAUAGAGUUGCUUGCUUUGCUUUGCUUUUUCAAUAAAGGUGCAUGCUUUAAUCACUUUAAUAAACUGGCUUUUCACAAUGCAGUCAAGAUCUCUCCUAUAAACUCAUUUACAUGAGAAGACAAGGAUCGAAGUUAGGGAUAGCCCUCUCCCACUAGCUCAGGGGGCUGUCCUGUCUGAUAACACCUUUCUGGUGUCAGUGAGAGGUGCCUAUAACAGAAGGACAUUGCUAAAGUCAGGCAUUUAUUCUAACCCCCAGGUGUCUAGUUCUUCAGAGAUUAAUGAAAAAUCAUUAGUUCUUCAUUUAUUUGGGCAACAGUUGUACUAGAGACCAUGUAAUCUCCGCAUUUCUAAACCCCACCAGUUUUCACUAAUAGCCCCAAUCGGCCUAGGUUUGGCACUUAAGCCACACUCUUGCCAACACCCUCAAAAUCCCUUUCCCUUCGGUUAUACUUCUUCCCUCUGCUGAAUUCCAGCCCUGGGCCAGCUCAACCUUCCAUGCUCCCUCUGCCUGUUGAGCAUCACUGGAAAAGACUCCCAAACAUGUCUUUUGGGAGCAAUUGUGAAUUCAUGAUUAGGCUCACUGCACAGUCCUGGACCAACAUAGUCAGUUUCUUCUUAAUUUUCUUUCUUUUUUAUAAAUCCUCACCCG